AUGGCGGAGAGCUCCUGUGCAAGCGAAUAUUUCGUUUCGAACUUGCCGUACGAUGUGACAGAGGAGGAGCUAAAGGAUUUUUUUAAACCAACAUGUGAGGUUACCUACUGCAGAGUGAAGAGAACAAAGAUCGGCAUUAAGACCUGCCACGGAUACGUACAGUUCGGGGGCAAUCCGAACGGUGUAGCGGCGUACGCGCGAAGGAAGAAGCUCAAGGGUAGGCAGUUGCGCAUUGAAUUAGUGGAAAAUGGAAACGACGAUCAGGAAGACGAUGAGGAGGACGACGGAGCGGAAGACGGGGAGGGGUUCCCUCCGUGGCAGAAAGGCCAUCGAGACGGUCGGCACCCCAGUAAAGGGUCAACCAAGCAGCAGAAAGAGAAGCAGGCAAAGUAUAGAGACAAAUGGAACUCAAAUAAAGAGAAUGAAAGUAUCGAACUUAUUGACAAAAAAGGAAUGAUAACAAAACAGGGACAUGCAAUUCUUAGUAACAUGAACAUGUAUGAUGUGGUGCUUCUGAUUGAUAAAAUGCAGCAGCUGAUUAGAGUCUCCCCACAGACAGCCAUUAGAUUUCUCAGUGACAAUAAAACGGUGUACUACUCCCUCGUCCAUGCUCUUUUCCUUGUGGGUAUUCUAAGCAUCGAGAUGAAUCCCCUUAGUGAGGAGGACAUCAUCCGGAUGAAAUUUCAUGCCCUUAAGAAUAAGUUCCAGUUUUUGUGUCUGGACAGCGAGGAGCCAGGAGAGGUAGACGCUUUGGGGGGGAAGCAGCGCCACAAGGGGGGGGGUAGCGGCUGGAAUGAGGUCGAUUGGGGUAACAUCGAUUGGGGUGAAGCUCAUAGGAGUGCUACCGAAUGGAGAGAUGCGGACCGGGGUGCUUCUGAACGGGGUGCUUCUGAACGACUUGAUGCUGACCGGGCUGCUUCUGACCGACGUGGCUCAGAUCCAGGGGAGGGGAGCGACCGGGGAAGCCAGCCAUGGGGAGGCCAAAAUUACAACUACGAGCCGAGUGGCAGGAGGCCGCUGUACGAGAGGGGAGGAAAGGUGAACGCAGUUAACAUGCCGACACCCUCAUCAUUGACGCAUAUGGGGGGAAAGAACCAGCCGGGGAGUAACAGGAAAAAUGUUUCCAGAGGGCUCUAUUCCGCAAGUCAGAGUGCCUCUUAUGGAGGAAAUCUUAACAACUAUGCUUCGAUCAACCAUGUGUAUGUGCCGUCGGAGGGAGGUCAGAGCGGGUACCCAGUGGACAGGGAUUCUUCUUUUGGAGAAAUGGAGAGGGACGCAGUGAAGACAGAGGCAGUGAAGGGAGAGGCAGCGACCGGGGAGGCCGCGACGGGGGAGGACCAAAUGGUUCGAUCGAAUUUGUAUGGAACGGCUGGAAGCACGCACCACUCGCGGCAGCAAUUCACCCCGCUUAACCUCUCUAUGAACAAGAGACGGGGAGACCCCGGCGGGUACCCCCUCCAGGGGAUCUACUCCAAGAAGCACACAAUGAAGGGAGAACAAGGGGAGAGAAAAAAUAAGAAAAACAGUAAGGAGAGUAGUAAUCCAAAGAAGCUAAAGAACCUUACCAACAUGAUGCCCCUUGGAAGCAAAGCGGUAAGUGGCAAACUAUCUGCAGGUGGCGGCAGCAGACCCGUCGACUAUGACAGUGACAGUAUGCAGGGAAAUCCUAACCCGUGUCAUUACGGACAGGAAUUUCCCAGUGGAAGGAGCACAGGGUUGUAUGCAAUGCGUGGUCAUGUCAAUACAAAGAUGGAAAAGGAGACUUAUUAUUCGAAUUAUUACGCUAGGGAUUAUGUUGGAGAGCAGCGUGGGGAGGAGGAAGGGACAACCCCGUUUGAUGCACAGAUCAAUUACAAUGGGGAAAGGAGCAACUUACGCAUGAAGUGUUAUAACGGUAUGUCACAACUAAGGGGGAACAACCCCCCAGAGGGAUGCUCAUCCGAGAGAACGAAAGAUAACAUAAGUAACUGCGAAAGAAAUGAUGGGACGUACCAAAGUGACCAUAGCGAGGUGAGUGGAAUCGAUGCUAGGAGCAACCAAGGAGGCAAUCGUACAAGGGGGGAAGCCAUCGGAGGACAAUCUACCUCGGUACGAAACUGGAGGCGCAUGUCCAGAAAAGGUCAUUACCAGGGAGACAGCGAAGCAGCGCGGAGCGAUAUACACACAAGUGACCACGAAGGAGAAAACAGAGAAGAAGAAAAACAUCUCGAAUUGGGGAAAAGGUUAAUCCAAAAAAUUAACACGUCCAAUAGCCAACGGAGGGGUAUCAAACUAAUCGACAGGAACAGGGGAAAUGAAAAAUACGCAGAAGAGAGUGUCAUUAAGGUAAGAAGUGUAGACCUAUGUAAUGAAGUGGAAAAUAUGAAGGAAAAUCUGAUAAGCAGUAGCCUGAAGGCCGUAUUGAGAAAAGUAAACCUUGGCUUGAAAGACAUUCCCUAUGCUGAGGAAGACUUAGUAAAGGAAGUGAUUAAUGAGAAGCCCAUCUUAGAGAACAUCCUCAUUAGUAAAUACUCCGACAUGGUGAACUGGAACCGCGACCAGAUAUUGCGAGUCCUGUCCAUUCGGAAGUCGCUGAAGAGUCGCGGCUACAACGUCAACGGGGUGAUCUGA